AUGCCGAAGCCUUUCAAAUUUGUUAAUGUAACAACUGAUAUUCGGUUCAAUCUUCGAACUCAUGUAUAUACUUCGAAAUUCCCGGAAGCGGACGUAGACCCUCGCCUUCGACAGCAGGAAGAGCGAAUCAGCUUAACUGACAUGAAAAUUCACUUUAUGAACCGGACUAUAGAAACACUGGUGUCCCUUCGGUAUGAGAUGGAAGAUGGAGUAAUGAUCAGUGAAGUGACUGCGGUUUGCUUAGAAACACCAUAUGUUAUAAACCUUCAGACGUUUGAUGGAGAGGAAGAGACAUACAGAAUCAGAGAAUUGAGCUGGUCGAUGAAGAACUCGAACCAUUUGGCCUACCGGCAUAUAGAGGUACUGAAUGAAGCUGGUUCCCUGAUCACUGUGUUUAGUCUGACAAUACUCUAUUCAUCAAUGGACUCUACAGCAGCAGUCAAUAUCACACCAGCUACUUCAGGUGCUGUUGAAUCUUCCGUCAUUGACCAGACGACAACAUUUACCAACCCAAUGACAUUCCCUUUUGAACGGGAGACAGCUCCUCCCGACUCAACGACGAUCCUUACUGACCCAAUACCGACACUUAUUCACGAAACGACAACCCUCAUAGACUCAACGACAACCCCUGCUGACCAAAUACCAACCCUAACUCACCAAACAACAACACUAAAUGACCCAUCGACAAUCUUUGCUAAUCCAACAUCUCUUAUCAAUCCAACUAUAACAUUUACCGACUCAGCAUCCCCCAGUCAUUCAUCAGAAACCCAUAACGACCACGGCGUAACCUCAGCUGACCACUCGUCUAUUUCCAUUCACCAAACAUUCACUCUCAGCGUACAACCAACUACACAAAACACAACUGACAGCAGUGCACCGUCUGGAACUACGGAAACGAGAUGCCAGAAAGAGUGCUCCUGUAGACAAAGCAACUGGGGAAAUACAACUCUUGAUGAUUUGGAACCGGAAGUUCGCGCCGAAGUUCUCCGAAUAAUAUCAGAACUGAAGUCCACUCUUACUGUUGAAAAGAUCUCACUGUCAAUGUACAGAGCAAAGAAGAUUAGUGCUACUGACACAAGAACAACGUCAUCCAGCAUCGGUGCAGUUGGAAUCGUCAUAAUCGUGGGCCUCUUUGACUCUACAGUAUCCACUUUUGACUCCACAACAUCCAAGUUUGACUCCACAUCAUCGACGUUUGACUCCACAUCAUCGACGUUUGACUCCACAUCAUCAACGUCUGACUCCACCUCAUCCACGUCUGACUCCAAAUCAUCGCCGUUUGACUCCACUGUAUCCACUUUUGACUCCACAUCAUCCAAGUUUGACUCCACAACAUCCACGUUUGACUACACAUCGUCUACGUUUGACUCCAAAUCAUCUACGUUUGACUCUACAGUAUCCACUUUUGACUCCACAACAUCCAAGUUUGACUCCACAUCAUCGACGUCUGACUCCACAUCAUCGACGUUUGACUCCACAUCAUCGACGUUUGACUCCACAUCAUCAACGUCUGACUCCACCUCAUCCACGUCUGACUCCAAAUCAUCGCCGUUUGACUCCACUGUAUCCACUUUUGACUCCACAACAUCCACGUUUGACUACACAUCGUCUACGUUUGACUCCAAAUCAUCUACGUUUGACUCUACAGUAUCCACUUUUGACUCCACAACAUCCAAGUUUGACUCCACAUCAUCCACGUUUGACUCCACAUAUCCACUUUUGACUACACAUCGUCUACGUUUGACUCCACAUCAUCGACGUUUGACUCCACAGUAUCAACUUUUGACUCCACAGCAUCCAAGUUUGACUCCACAACAUCCACGUUUGACUACACAUCGUCUACGUUUGACUCCAAAUCAUCUACGUUUGACUCCACAUCAUCAACGUCUGACUCCACCUCAUCCACGUCAUACUCCAAAUCAUCGCCGUUUGACUCCACUGUAUCCACUUUUGACUCCACAUCAUCCACGUUUGACUCCACAUAUCCACGUUUGA